UGAUGCCACGCAUUGGGCGCGUGUGUAUGGACGACCCAGGUACGCGUGGCCACGUGGACGGGUGGACGACGUUCCUGAAGGCGGGACUGGACUGCUCCAGGCCCGGCGACCCGCCCUACAGCUACGACAAACUCACGAGCCUUGCGUACCUCCCUGCCGAGGAAAUGUUCUAUGGGCUCUUCACUACGCUCGAGAACGGUGUAGCAGGCUCGGCAGUGUGCGCGUUCAACAUGACAUCCGUGAACCGCACCUUCGACGGAGCCUUUAAGCACCAGUCAAGUCCCAAUUCCUUGUGGACUUCGGUCACUGAUAACCAAGACCACUACAGAUGUCGCUACCAGGACACGCAACGCUUCACCAAGUCCGCCCCCAAGUACCUGCUCAUGGACUCUAGUGUCGCCCCUGUCGACUCCGAGCCGGUGUAUUCCUUGGAUUUCCAGAGACUUACGCACAUCGCUGUGGACGUGGUACCGACACGUCAGAGUGGACCGGUGCACGUCUUGUACGUCGCUGAAGGUGACGGUAGCAUCAGGAAGAUAAGUGUGGUGCCUCGGUCGUCCCGCACCACCGUCUCCAACAGGAACACAACAACCACCUGCUUGUUGGAGGUCAUCGCUCCGUUCCCCUUCAACGCUUCUGUCAAGAUCCAUUCGUUGAAACUACUUCGAGCAACUGGUUCCCUGUACAUUGCGACUGAGGAUGAGAUCGUACGCGUGCCGGUGCACCGCUGCUCACGGUACGCCAGCAGGAGCGCAUGUUUGGCCGCUCAGGACCCCUACUGUGGCUGGGACAGGAACCUGCUCGCCUGCUCCCCUCCACCCAACCAGAACCCCUUCGUGUCUUCCUGGGUGCAGGAGGUCAUCGACUGUCCCACCAACACAGAACCUAUUGACGGAGGUUGGAGUCCAUGGUCGCCAUGGGAGACUUGUCGCCAGGCUGGGUCACCAGAUUCUUGUCAAUGUCGCCACCGAACUUGUGAUGCUCCUACGCCUGCCCGAGGUGGUGCCUAUUGCGUCGGUCACCAGUCAGAGGUAACGGACUGCACAGUGCACGGUGGCUGGACGUCUUGGUCGUCAUGGUCGCAGUGCUCGGCGAGCUGCGGUGUUGCGGUCAAGUCACGACGAAGGUCUUGCACUAAUCCAGCCCCCCAGCACGGCGGCAGGGUCUGCGUGGGGCUAGACCACAGCGAAAUAUACUGUCAUCAGCUACCGCCUUGUCCUGUGGCGGGUGGCUGGGGCUCUUGGUCCGCUUGGGAGAAUUGUUCCGUUGAGUGUGGUGAAGGAAUCCGCAAACGCAUCCGCCUCUGCAAUAACCCUCGUCCCAAAUAUGGCGGACCGAACUGUUCGGGCUGUGACGAAGAGAUCGAAAAAUGUUCCGGAACGAACUGUCCACGAAUCAAGAAGCUCUCCGACUGGACUGCGUGGUCACAUGAUCUCGAGGGCAUCGAAGGAGCACAGAGAAGAUACCGAGUAGAGUGUAGCGCUCAGAUGGGACCAUCGCCGAAACUAGAGGUUGAAAUGACCCACGAAGAAAGGCUUUGUACCUAUGGAAGUCCAUGCAUAGCUACUGUGCCGCUAGAUCGCAUCGCUCCCACUGCCAUCGGUGAUUGGGAACCUUGGAGCGAAUGGAGCGAAUGUGAUAGGGAAUGUGGGAUCGGCCAGCAAAUGAGGUGGAGGGUUUGCGCCACGACGGAAUGCGAUGGCCCUUCUUCUCAAAGCAGACCGUGCAAUCAACAUCCAUGUAAAGGCAUGUGGAGUUGCUGGAGCGACUGGAGUGACUGCUCACCUUCAUGUGGUAGCGGACAGCAGCAGCGCGUGCGCGUGUGUCUCGCCUCGCAGUUGCCGCGUCUCGAGGCGAGCGACUGCCCCGGCAAAAAUGUCGAUCAACGAGCUUGUCAAGGCACCAAUUGCUAUGUGCCUCCCGGUGAGGAAGGCUGGAGUCAAUGGUCUGAGUGGUCUAGUUGCGCAGUAGCAGACCAUCGAGUUCGUUCCAGGGUCUGCACUUCAGAUCGGCCUAGUCUCUGCAGAGGACUUGACCUACAGAAGCAGUCUUGCCAAGAUAUUCCUUUGGAAGACAUAACCUUGCUUGAGCGACGCACGGCGCCUCCAGCUGACCAACGUUCAGAGGGCGUGAGUAUAUCAAGUCUCGUGGGUGCCUGCGUCGCGUGUCUCUUCCUUGGCAUCCUCAUUGGAGCCCUCAUGAUGCACUUUUGGACCGUGAGACAGCGGCAUCGAGAAGUUCCUGCAUCUCCACAUUAUUUGUCUGUCAAGCCCAACCAGUACGUGACCGUCCCAGGAGCAGAGUGGAAGAUAACCACCACGGCCGAGAGGGACAAAUCCAGUAAGUCCCAUCACUUGGGACUAUCAUCCACAGGUUCUCUGAAGCACAGCUUGAAACGGAAGUCAAGCGUCAGAGAUCCCUAUACGACUUUGCCUCUAAAAGACAUCGACACUGCGACCAUCAAGCGAUCCAAUCAUUCAUCGUACAGCCACGGAAACCACGUUCGAGCUGAUCUCGCAUGCGACACAAAUUUCAGUUUUUGAAACUGCAUGAGAAUUUUUCAGAUCACACGUAGAGCAAGUAUAGUUUCGGAACAAAAAAGUGUUCUGUAUCCAAGUGCAAAAAAAUGAGUAAUGCUUUUGCAAGAAAAGAGCUUGUGUUUUUUAGUCACGAAAUCAGUAUCAACACGAAGUGCGCAAAAUUAGAACGAUUACCAGAAUGACGGAUUAAAUAUACCCUCGAUUGAAAAAAAAAACACUGUGUAGAGGACAAUAUGAGUCAGUGUACAAUUUGUUGUAAAUUUGUUUGUAUAUGAGGUUCUCGUCACUAUUAUUAUAAGAACAAACCUGUAUAAUCGCAUGUGCCAUGUAGUGUACUAAGUUCACGGUGAAGAACUGAAGAGAGACAAAAUACUCAAUAAUGAGGGUUGUUCUAGUGACCUACUUUCUAUCUAUUUUUCUCAUUAUCCUUAAGUUGGAAGUAGGUAGUUUCUACAUCGUUAAUGAACUAUAAAUAGGUUAAAAUCGAGGUCCAAGGCUUUGUUCAAACUGAAAAGGGUCUCAGGUUUUCAGUACGCAAUGUACACUAGCGAUUUUUGGAUAAAUUUCUGGAGAAAGUCUGAUUCUAUAAUAUUUUAAUUUGGGAUUCACUAUCUUAUUCAUGAUAUGAAAGCUACUAAAGUGACAAUACAUUUUCUUUUGUUACACUAAUUUUUGAUAAUUUUCUAAUUUUUUGAAGAACCAUCUCUUCUUCAACUAAUUAUCUCAUCUUUAGAGUUGUGCAAGUUCUUUUGUGAUUAAAUUCGUGCAUAACUGUCAGGAAGUAUGCGUAGUGGGAAACGUCGCAUCGGCGCACUGCCGCUGUUUCGUCAGAAAUAACGUUCCUGCAAGUCACCUUCUGGUUCCUGUAACCUUUUUUUCAAGAGUCGAACGGUGCCAUAAUUACGAUUUACUCGUUUUAAAACUCAUCUCGCGUAACAAAAGGAUAUUUGUUUUUUUUUUAACUAAAGAAACUAUCCUGAAUCAUUUAGCUACUAAGAAUUAUUUGGUACGAGGUCCUGGACUUAGGCAACCCAUGUUUAUGCGAGUUAGUUGUACGGUGUUAAGAAUUAAAUGUUGUUGCAAGCGUCAAGUUAUUGGAAAAGCUUACACGUGUUCUUCCGAUGUGCCAUCUUAUGUUAUAGUUCUUUUUAGUCAGGCGUUCAAUUUUGGUUUAAGCUAAUGAGACGAUCAUUAUUCUUUUAAACGCAUUUGUGUUCACAAAAUUUUGGUUCUUACUGGCGAGCGUUAUGACUAUGUGGCUUAAGCCCUUAUGUAAGCAAACUAGAGCCUUACCCUUCGCAUGUUAGACGGCAUGGUGAUGAGACGUUACAUUUUCAAUGUUAUAAUGAUGUUUUCUUGUCGAUGAGAUUUCUUGAAACAAUCCUCCUCAGUAGAAAAAUCUUCAAUUUUUUGGUUUCGUUAAACAAAUAUGUCAACACCAGUAAUAAUUACUUAUAUUGCAUCGCCAUGCACUGCAACUCAAAUACGCGAAGAUGUCGGGGCCUGCUUAGCAACGUUCUAACAUUCGAAGGCUCAAGUCUUGUAUCUUACCUCGGUUUUUAUUUUGAUGUAAUCUGAUGAGGCGUAACCAGAGCAUUACCUUUACUGUGUGAUCUAGUCGCUUCUUGUAAGGGAGUUGUUAAGGUAACUUUAUAUUUCCUUUAAGAACUUCUACUAGCUUGUCUCAACCCCAGCGAUAUCUUUACGAUGUUUCAUUUGAAUCAAGACUAACUGCCUUGUUUGGUUUUUGAUCGACUGCAUCAGAGUCCCGAGUCCAUGCAGGUAAACACUUCUCAAGGACUCGAUACUUAAUCUUACGUUCCAUGUUGUGUUCACUCCAUGUAGUUUGUCUCUACGUUUCUUCUCUUACUUUACAUUUUUGGUUCAAUAUGAUCGAACAGGAGAUAAUCUAGCAUGAAGACCGUAAAUAAGCAUAGUGAGUAACUUUGUCAUAUUCGAUGUAAAGUUCCGCAAAUAGUUCGCAGAUAAUUUUGAAAAAAAGCUUAAGCUAAACCAGUGAUAACAAAGAUAUUAGUUCGAUAACUUUUUAAAUGUAUAUCUUUCGACUGCAGCGAUACAGUUAUGCGAUACUGAAUGAUUAUUUCAAAAUUACCAUUUACUCGAUGGGUAUCUCCAUUCAUCCGCUAAAAAAUGACAAUAAAUUUAUAAUCGACAAGAACGUAUUAAAAAAAUGUAGCCAUACGAUAAAAAUAUCGUUCCAAGAGAGUACUUUUCGUUUUUUU